UGCAGUAUGAAUCUCAUGCGCGACCUCACACCCUCCCAGCGCUUCUUUAAUGGUUUUUUAUUUUUUUGGAAAAAGUAGCAGCCAAUGCUGCGUCCCUCCUACCACACAGAACAAACCCUAUAUUCAUCUGCUCCAGCUUGCAGUUACUGAAACUCCCCGCAGGACCUCCCGGGUACUUUUCCCCCACCGUUUGAGCAGCUGAACACAAUGCCAUUCAUGCCACGGGGCGAAAACAGGCGAAGCGCCUGCUCCGUUAACCCAACAAUGUGGAGAACAUGCAGUAUUUUUUGCGCAUGGAGUCUACUGUUCUUGGCAGAGGUCUGUGCGCAGUCUCAGCGGAGACCGACCUUCACAUGCGGAGGAAGCAUUACAGGGGAAUCUGGAGUAAUCGGGAGCCAGGGGUACCCAGGAGUUUACCCUCCAAACACCAAAUGUGUGUGGAGAAUCACAGUGCCUGAGGGAAAGGUGGUGGUCCUGUCAUUCCGCUUUAUUGACUUGGAGAGCGACAACCUGUGCCGCUAUGACUAUGUGGAUGUUUACAGUGGCCAUGUCAGUGGGCAGAGACUUGGUCGCUUCUGUGGGACGUUCAAGCCAGGAGCCCUUGUUUCCACAGGCAACAAGAUGCUCAUGCAGAUGAUAUCUGAUGCCAACACCGCUGGGAGUGGCUUCCUGGCUGUUUUCUCUGCUGCCCACCCACAUGAGAGAGGGGACCAGUAUUGUGGAGGCAGAUUGGACAAGCCCUCAGGAACUUUCAAAACUCCAAACUGGCCUGAGAAGGACUACCCAGCUGGUGUCACCUGUUCCUGGCACAUAGUGGCACCAAAGAACCAGAUUAUUGAAGUCAAGUUUGAGAAGUUUGAUGUGGAAAGAGAUAACUACUGCCGCUACGACCACGUCUCUAUUUUCAACGGGGCAGAAAUCAAUGAUGCCAAGAGAAUUGGCAAAUACUGUGGAGACAGUCCCCCAGAGCCAGUGUUCUCAGAGGGGAACCACCUUCUAAUCCAGUUCCUGUCAGAUCUCAGUCUGACCGCAGACGGCUUCAUUGGACACUACAAGUUCAGACCAAAGAAAUUCCCCACCACCACUAUACCGCCCACCACUACCAUACAGCCCGUCACCACCAGGCCAAUACCUCUGAAAUACUCUGUAGCCCUGUGCCAGCAGAAAUGCAAAAGACAAGGAACACUUGAGAGCAAUUACUGUUCCAGCAAUUUCGUGAUAAGCGGGACUGUCAUUACUGCAGUGAUGAGAGGUGGAAGUAUGUACGCCACUGUCUCCAUCAUCAAUGUAUAUAAAGAAGGCAGCCUGGCCAUCCAGCAGGCAGGAAAGACCAUGAGCACCAAGAUCAUUAUCCUGUGCAAGAAGUGUCCAUUUAUCAGAAGAGGCUUGAACUACGUUUUCAUGGGCCAGGUGGACGAGGACGGCCGGGGGAAAAUCGCCCCUCACCACUUUGUUAUGGCGUUUAAGACAAAGAACCAGAAAGGACUCAACGUUCUGAAAAACAAGCGCUGCUGAGCUCCAGUGGCUCAGAGGUUCUCCACUGGACAGGUGUGCCUGAGGCUUAGCUGUGGAUGGAAACAAUUAAGAAAAAAAAACAGAAAACGAUCUCCAUCUCAACAACAUAAACACAGGGCACAAAAACAAACCUGAGUCUGGAUGCAGAGAUACCAGCACAAAACAUCAAAUUAACAUGAUUCAUUCAAUUAGGGGCAACUCGUAUUUUCAUGUUUAUCCAUUUUGCUACGGAUCACGUGUACUUCCACACUCUUUUAUUAAAAGACCAGUUCCUUAGUCUGUUUGGCAACUUCAGAUUAAAUCAGCAACAAAAUUAGUUGAGAUUUCCAUCCCUAUUCUCAAUGCAUUCUCACUCUGCCUGGCCACAUUCCUGCCAUGCCCCUAGCAGAGAAUUAAAUUGAAGCCAGUAACAGUAGCCCCCAGUAGGGAGCAUAGUAAUUCGCAGAGAUGUGUUUCCUAAGACAAACAUGAAUCAGAUCGCUUAAAGUGUUCAGUGUGCACAUCUGUUCUGACAUCCUAUGAUUGCACCAUUAGUUGAAACAUUUUCCAUAUUCUGCUUUUCAGUUGUCUCCCUUUGAGGCUGUGGAGCACAAUGUGAUUUAUUUAGUAUGCAUUAAACAAAUAUAUCUGUCUGGCAGAAUAGUGUUAAACAUCAUAAGCCUGAUUAUUAUCCAUAGGGUCACAGCUCGUUGCUGUAGUUUUAACAACCUGCAGUUCAUUUUGUGUGUUCAAUUCCAAUGGACAAGAUUCAUACAUUUUUAAGUGGUGAUAAAAAGUGCAAUAUUUAAUAUAUACAUGAUUCUUUUUAAAAAGAUUUCUAUAGAUUUAUGUGAAAUAAACGAGGACCUACCUAGCUACUGCUCUUUUCUUCAGUUUGUGUACAGAUGCAAAGCACCGGCAUCAGCAUACAUCAUUUACUUACGUUGUUUGUAAAGGCAGAGGUAUGAAAUGAAAGAUAUUUUCAUAUGAAAAAGUCUGUGAAUAUUAUUUAUAUUUUAUUGUUUUCAUCUGCCCAAAUAAAACUCCUUUUUAACGGUU